UAUAACGCUUUGAGUCGGUUAAGUGAGAUGCAACUUUAGUGGGUUAAUACUUCAUAAAGCAAGUGAAUAUUACGUAUUCGUUGCUGUUGUGAAUGAAGCCGUAGAGAAAUUUUAGUGCCGAAAAAGUUAAUAUGAGUCAGCAACCGCUUUACAUUCGCGAAGAUGAUGUUAAGAGACUUUUAAAGUGGGAAGAAAUGUACGAUGCGGCUAAAGUGGCUCUGCUUUCUGCGAGUAAUGAGACUUUUUCUCAACCUGCGCGAUCUUUCACGACGACAUCAGAGUCAGGCCUCCUCCUGACCAUGCCAUGCUAUUUAGACAAUUAUCAGCUGCCUUCGCUGUCGAGAGAGAAGCUUUAUCGAACACUGGCUUGCAAACUGGUGACGAGUUUCCCAGCUAAUGCGUCACGUAGUCCAGCAUUGCCUAAAAUUCUGGGCAACAUCUUCCUCUUCAACCCGGAAAGUGGUCAGCUGCAGGCGAUUCUCGAGGCGACACUCAUCACGGCAUGGAGAACGGCAUGCGCUUCCUUGGUUGCCACACAAUGCUUAUACUUCGACAGUCGCUGGAAACAGCAAGAUGUGAUUCUGUCUAUUGUCGGCUGUGGAGUUCAGGGUCGAAUUCAUUCAAUCGGAAUGUGCACUACUUUCCCAUUUUCUGAAGUUAGAUUGUGGAAUCGUACAGAGUCAAAAGCCACCCAGUUGGCUGAUGAGCUGCGGGGUUUGGCUCAGCAAUUCAGGAAGCCCUCCAUUGCGAUCAGCGUUCACGCUUCCCUGACGACCUGCUUGGCGGACAGUGACGUGAUAGUGAUUGCCACGAGUUCGCAUGAACCACUCAUCCAGAGACACCAGCUAAAGGAUGAUGUGCAUAUCAACACAAUUGGCGCAGGUGAAGUUCACCAUGCUGAACUGCAUCAGAAUGUCUAUGACGCCAGCAAAGUCUACACUGACCACUGGGAGGGGGCCAAAACGGAGCUGAAAGAGCUGAAAGCGGAAAUUGUUGGACUCGUGGGAGAGGUGCUGGGACAGAAAAAACCCACUCCGUCUGCUGGCAUUACCAUCUUCCAGUCCCUCGGAAUGGCUCUUGAGGACGCUACAAGUGCCCAAGUGAUUGUUGAAGCAUACAAAAUGACUCACGGAUAGCUGUUUCCCAAAAUAAUUACUCAAGAAGUUGCCCACAUGCGCCGCGGGUCUCUUCCACAAAAGUGAAAUAUUUCCAUUGUAGAAAUGGAAAGGCUUCUUUAGGCUAACCUUGGGACACUCAAAAAGACCACACACUGUAUUUUUUACACGCCCAAAUUAAUAAAUUGCACAUCGAUA